AUGCUGAUAGUCGAUGGUGGCACGGCUGUGGCUAAUGGCAUCGAAAGUCGCCUUAGCAAACUUCCACUCAAAGGUUCCCGCGGAAUUCAAAAGAGAAGGAAUUCGGCCGGUGCUGUUUCGUCUUCAUUUUUGGAUCGUCUUGGCGAUGAUAAGCCAAGAAGAGGACGUGUCGGUGGUCGCGGAGGAGCUGGACGAAGGGAGCGCAGGCCGCAGAAAUCCGUAGCUGAACUGGAUGCGGAGUUGGAAUCUUAUAUGAAGGGGAGAGCAAUGGAUCUCUAG